CGCUUAUUGGCUUCUAAAAGUCUUUCUUCGAGCUGCUCUCAUUUCGGAUCGAAGCAGUGAGGCUGUGAUUUUGGAUCUCCCUCUCGCUCGGCUGCAUCCCUUGUCGGGAUCUGUAAUUGAAUUCCCUCGAUUCCUCGGGUCGGCGUUUUAGAUCUGACCCUUCUUACCCCCGACGAGGGUUUCGUCCGAGAACGAGAGGCGAGGCGAAGGUUGGAGCGAGAUCCGCGAGAAGAGGAGAAGAAGGUGCACGAGCAGAGGAGGAGAAGUCUACGGAACGGAUCCGCAGGUGGUGGUAGUGGCUAACCAUGGAGUGGGCGACCGUGCAGCAUUUGGACCUGCGGCACGUCGGCCGCGGCCUCAAGCCCCUUCAGCCCCAUGCCGCCGUCUUCCACCCCACCCAGGCCCUCGUCGCGGUUGCCAUCGGGACCUACAUAAUCGAAUUUGAUGCUCUUACAGGAAGCAAAAUUUCUUCAAUCAACAUUGGCUCUGCUGUUGUUCGUAUGUCAUAUAGUCCUACCAGCGGACAUGCUGUAAUUUCCAUCCUUGAGGAUUGUACAAUUCGAUCAUGUGAUUUUGACACUGAGCAAACUCUUGUUCUACACUCACCUGAGAAGAGAACCGAACAUAUCUCUGCAGAUGCAGAAGUCCACUUUGCAUUGACACCACUUCAACCUAUAGUAUUUUUUGGUUUUCACAAAAGGAUGAGUGUCACAGUGGUGGGCACAGUUGAAGGAGGUAGACCUCCAACAAAGAUAAAAACAGAUCUUAAAAAGCCUAUUGUCCACCUCGCAUGCCAUCCACGUCUUCCUGUCUUGUAUGUGGCUUAUGCUGAUGGCUUGAUUCGGGCUUAUAACAUUCAGACAUAUGCUGUUCACUAUACCCUACAAAUUGACAAUACAAUCAAGCUCAUUGGUGCCAGUGCUUUUGCUUUUCAUCCAACACUGGAAUGGAUAUUUGUUGGUGAUAGAAGGGGUACCCUUUUGGCUUGGGAUGUCUCGACUGAAAGGCCCAAUAUGAUUGGAAUUACACAGGCUGGAUCUCAUCCUAUAACAUCUAUUUCAUGGCUUCCCACGCUGAGGUUACUUGUUACUGUUUCGAAGGAUGGGACACUUCAAGUUUGGAAGACACGUGUGAUUGUUAAUCCAAAUAGACAACCUAUGCAGGCAAAUUUUUUUGAGCAUGCAGCAAUCGAAAACAUUGAUAUUACUCAGAUUUUAUCUCUUCAAGAUGGAGAAGCUGUAUAUCCUUUACCGCGAAUCAGAAGUUUGGCAGUUCAUCCAAAGUUAAAUUUGGCAGCAUUACUGUUUUCAGAUAUGGCAGGUGAAGAAAAUGUGAAAAAUAGAGCUGCAUAUACAAGAGAUGGGAGGAAACAACUAUUUGCUGUUCUGCAAAGUGCAAGAGGAUCUAAUGCUGCUGUCCUGAAGGAAAAGCUUUCAGCUUUAGGUUCCUCAGGGAUUUUGGCAGAUCAUCAGCUUCAGGCCCAGCUGCAAGAGCAUCAUUUCAAGGGCCAAAGCCAGCUAACUAUUUCGGAUAUCGCAAGGAAGGCAUUUCUUCAUAGUCAUUUCAUGGAAGGACAUGCUAAAAGGGGCCCGAUAUCUCGGUUGCCUGUCAUUACGAUAUCAGAUGCUAAAAAUCAGCUAAGGGAUGUUCCUGUUUGUCAGCCAUUUCAUUUGGAGUUGAAUUUCUUCAACAAAGAGAAUCGUGUUGUUCAAUAUCCUGUCAGAGCAUUUUAUCUUGAUAGCUUCAACCUCAUGGCUUAUAAUAUCUCUUCUGGAGCGGAUAAUCUGUAUAAGAAAUUGUACUCCACGAUUCCUGGAAACGUAGAAUGUUCUCCCAAGGCCAUGAUUUACAGUUCAAAGCAGCAUCUAUUUCUUGUUGUAUUUGAAUUAAGUGGUGCUAAUGGUGUCAUACACGAAGUUGUUCUUUACUGGGAGCAGACAGAUCCAAAUUCAGUUAAUACUAAAGGAACUUCAUUAAAAGGCCGAGAUGCAGCACUUAUGGGUCCUAGUGAAAAUCAAUAUGCUAUUCUGGACGAAGAUAAAACUAGCCUUGCACUUUAUAUUCUGCCAGGGGGAGCUUCUCAAGAAGCUAUUGAGAAAAAUGGAGCACUUGAUGAAAAGUCAUUCACUGAAACUAGAGUUGCUUCAAAUCAAGGACCUCUGCAAUUUACUUUUAAGUCAGAGGUUGACCGUAUAUUCUCAUCUCCAUUAGAGUCAACCAUCUUGUAUGCUAUUUCUGGAAAGCAUAUUGCACUGGCUAAGUUGCUUCAAGGAUAUCGUCUUUCAACUGAUGAUGGACAGUAUAUUUCCACAAAAACAGAUGGAAAAAAAUUUAUUAAGUUGAAACCAAAUGAAACCGUAAUUCAGGUUCACUGGCAAGCGACUCUUAGAGGUCAUGUUGCUGGCAUACUUACUAGUCAUAGAGUACUAAUUGCUUCUUCUGAUCUGGAUAUUCUAUCUAGCAGUUCAGCCAAAUUUGAUAAAGGAUUUCCAUCAUUCCGAUCCCUUCUAUGGGUUGGACCAGCACUCCUCUUUUCAAGUGCAACUGCAGUUAGUGUGCUCGGAUGGGAUAGCAAAGUCCGGACUAUUCUUUCCAUCAGCAUGCCUUAUUCUGUUCUGAUUGGUGCCUUGAAUGACCGCCUGUUACUAGUAAAUCCAACAGACAUAAAUCCUAGACAGAAAAAGGGAGUUGAAAUACGGAGCUGUCUUGUGGGGUUACUUGAACCCCUUCUAAUUGGAUUUGCAACCAUGCAGCAACACUUUGAACAGAAGCUUGAUCUUUCAGAAGUCUUAUAUCAAAUAUCAUCAAGGUUUGACAGUUUACGCAUUACACCAAGGUCUCUGGAUAUCUUGGCUAAAGGAUCCCCUGUUUGUGGAGAUCUUGCUGUUUCAUUAUCUCAAGCAGGUCCUCAGUUCACACAGGCUCUGCGUAGCAGUUAUGCAACCAAAGCUCUCCGCUUUUCUACUGCAUUAUCAGUUCUGAAGGAUGAAUUUCUUCGAUCCAGAGACUAUCCUCAGUGCCCUCCUACAUCUUAUUUAUUCCAUCGCUUUCGGCAGUUGGGAUAUGCUUGUAUCAAGUAUGGCCAGUAUGACAGUGCAAAAGAGACUUUUGAGGUCAUUUCAGAUUAUGAAAGCAUGCUUGAUCUAUUUAUAUGUCACUUGAAUCCUAGUGCCAUGCGUCACCUUGCCCAGAAAUUAGAGGAGGCUGCUAUUGAUUCAGAGCUAAGGCGAUCCUGUGAAAGAAUCUUAAGGGUCCGUUCAACUGGAUGGACACAGGGUAUCUUUGCUAAUUUUGCUGCUGAAAGUAUGGUACCUAAAGGUCCAGAAUGGGGUGGAGGGAACUGGGACAUCAAGACACCAAUCAAUAUGAAGGAUAUACCACAGUGGGAGCUAGCAGGAGAAGUUAUGCCAUACAUGAGGACUGAUGAUGGUGGCAUCCCAGUUAUUGUGGCCGAUCAUAUUGGUGUAUACUUGGGUGCAAUUAGGGGAAGGGGCACUGUGGUUGAAGCAAAUGAAAAGAGUUUAGUUAAAGUACUGUCAGCAGUGAGUGGUGAAAACAAGUCUCCAUUUGAGUCUCAAUUGAAGCAGAACAAAGCAAGCGUGAUAGGUAAUUCAAAGGGAGAUCCAAUGGUUGAUAACUUGACUAAACAGUUGGCAGGUCCUACUGCUCCAACUGAUGAGCAGGCAAAGGCAGAGGAAGAGUUUAAGAAAGCCUUGUAUGGUGUUGUUGAUGGUGGUAGUAGCGAUGAAGAUGAAACAACAGCAAAAACCAAAAAGAUUCAUAUAAGAAUUCGUGACAAGCCAAUUACUGCAGCUACAGUGGAUGUCAACAAACUCAAAGAAGCCACAAAACAAUUAGGACUGGGCCAUCCUAUAAGAACCAAGUCACUAUCCGGACCACCCCAAGAUUUCUCACUUAUUUCUACUCAAACAACCCCUGAUAGUAAUCCAAAUGCACCAGUUACUGCUGGUGACAUGUUUGGGGCUGAUACAUUAUCAGCACAAACAUCAACACAGUCUAAUCCGAUGGUUACUGGUAUGGGAGUGGCAGCUGGACCAAUUCCAGAGGACUUUUUCCAGAAUACCAUUUCAUCACUGCAAGUCGCAGCUGCACUCCCUCCUCCUGGACAAUACUUGUCAAGAGUUGAUCAAAAUGCUCAAGUCAUGGACAGGAGCAAAUUGGCUUCCAGCCAGAAUGUAAUGGCUGAUAUUGGCCUUCCAGAUGGUGGAGUGCCACCACAAGAAUCGCAGCAGCCCCAAGUGUCACAGCAGUCUGCUACACCCCUUGCACCAGUUGGUCUUCCUGAUGGUGGAGUUCCUCCACAGUCCCAAAAUCUUCCUCCUCGGAGUCCCAACACUGUACAGCCAGUUGAUCUCAGUUUUCUCGAAGGGUCCAACUCUGGGGACAAUGCAACAAAAACUUCACCUCUCCCUCCAUCUCAACCUACUGCUGUGCGCCCUGGCCAGGUUCCUCGUGGUGCUGCUGCUUCAGUAUGUUUCAAGACAGGCCUUGCGCACCUUGAGCAAAAUCAACUUUCUGAUGCCUUGUCUUGCUUGGAUGAAGCUUUCUUGGCUCUUGCUAAGGAUCAGUCACGUGGAUCUGAUAUUAAAGCGCAGGCAACGAUCUGUGCCCAAUACAAGAUAGCGGUUGCUAUACUACAGGAAAUUGCUCGCCUCCAAAAGGUUCAAGGACCUGGAGCUCUCAGUGCAAAAGAUGAAAUGGCAAGACUGUCACGUCAUCUUGCUUCCCUGCCCCUCCAGGCAAAACACCGCAUCAACUGCAUUAGAACAGCAAUCAAGAGGAACAUGGAGGUUCAAAAUUAUGCCUAUGCGAAACAAAUGCUUGAUCUCCUCCUCUCGAAGGCACCCCCAAGCAAGCAAGAGGAGCUGAGGGGUCUCACUGAUAUGUGUGUGCAAAGGGGUUUGUCGAACAAAUCCAUUGACCCAUUUGAGGACCCCUCUCAGUUCUGUGCUGCCACUCUCAGUCGCCUUUCCACCAUUGGGCACGAUGUCUGUGACCUUUGUGGUUCAAAAUUCUCUGCACUUUCCACACCUGGAUGUAUCAUCUGUGGUAUGGGAAGCAUAAAGAGAUCAGAUUCUCUUGCUGGGCCAGUUGCCUCGCCGUUCGGGUAACGUAGUGGUGCACGACAGCUUAAUGUUGUUUCCGUUUGUAAUGUCUUUUGAAUGACUAGAUGUCGUAUGUAAUGUAUUUUGAAUGACUAGAUGUCUGCUGUGGCGUAGAAAUUUUGUUCGAUAUUUUCAUGGUUGUAGCUUUCAUUCCCAUUUAUGUGCAUGUAGCAUUCGUACCCAUUUCGCAUAAGUUGUGAUUGCACAUGAUGUAACAGCUAUUAUUAUUCCUUUGGGUGUGCUUUUCGUCAACAUUCUUUCGCACA